CUUAGUCGUAGGCGUAGUCGUCUUGGUCGCCGGCUUCUUCCAUGGCCUUGGCUGGGAUGACAUGUACAUCCACCCCUCUAGUAUCUCUCUCUCUACACACAUCAACCACACAUCACAUCCACCUCCGUGACCCCAGCCCACCAACCCCAUGCCUGCAAAAAUCUCCGACGAUUGCUGCCGCCCCAUGGUGCAGCAGCGUAAUCACCUGGGCACCACGAUACGGCCUUGGGCGCCAGAGACUACGGGUCCGCAAUUUGGGCGGGUGUGCGCCAUCACGAAGCCUCGGUGAAAAUUAGACCCUCACUUGCACACCUUCACCAGCUUGCGUUUCGUCCCCCAAGCCCUUGAUCUUCGCGCCCCUCCUUUUAGGUCUCCGACUAUUUUCGGGUCUCUCCCCUCUGAGAGCUGCCAUAAUGGCCCUCCUCGACAGAGUUCCCGGAAACCUCAAUCUGUACAUUGGCGGCAUCUUUACGCUGCGGCGGCGUGAGGCCCUCGAGCAGGCAAACAUCACCCACGUCCUGUCCGUCCUGCGCACGCCCCUCGACGACGCCCUGUUUGCCCCCUUCAAGCACAUGGUGGUCGAGGUCGACGAUGUCGACGACGAGAACCUCCUCCAACAUUUCCCGGCCACGAAUCGCUUCAUUCGCGACGGCCUCGACGCAGGUGGUGGCGUCCUAGUGCACUGUGCCAUGGGCAAGUCACGAUCGGCUACCGUUGUCAUCGCAUAUUUGAUGCAGCAGCACAACAUCAGCCCUUCCGAAGCCUUGUCCCACGUUCGGCAAGCCCGGUCCAUCUGCGAGCCCAACCCAGGUUUCAUGGACCAGCUCAACCUCUACGCUCAGAUGCACACUCCACCCGACAUCGAAAGUACCCCGGCCUACCAACGAUGGGUCUAUCAGCGCGAAAUUGAGUUGAGCCGCGCGUGUGGUCAAGCGCCAGACGCCGACAAGAUCCGCUUUGAAGAUGAACAUGUUGCUGAUGAGGCUGCAGCCUUUGAAUUAAGGUGUCGCAAAUGCAGGCGCGCGUUGGCAACCUCGCAAUAUCUACUAUCACAUGGAUCCUCUUUCACUGCAAAAGACGACGAGGCCGAGGUCCCUACUUCGGCCAAAUGUGCCCAUUACUUCCUUGAUCCCUUGUCAUGGAUGCGACCUGAGCUCGAACAAGGCAAGUUAGACGGUCGUCUGGAGUGCCCAAAGUGCCACACCAAUGUAGGCAAGUAUGCCUGGCAGGGCAUGCAAUGCAGCUGUGGAGACUGGGUCGUCCCUGGUAUCAGUCUUGCAAAGGGCCGGAUCGAUGAAGCAAGAAAAGCAACCUUUGGCAUACGUCGGCCUCCGGGCGCUUCAGGCCCACCGGCAGUAGGCGAUUCUCAUCCCAAACAAAAUCUUUGAUACUACCCACUCGGUUGAUUGGAGAAUGUUGCUAUGCACGUGGCUCUCUUCGUCCACUGCCCGUGGUACAGAUGAACAAGACAACGCACAUCCCCAAACAGCUCAGUGAAACCUAUUGCUUCGGUACUAGUUCUCGCCUUGCGAUCCCCUGCUACAAAGAAACAACGCACAGACAUAACUCGUCCAUGACUGGAGGAAAAAUGAAAUAAGAAAAGCGCCGAUUGCUGCACAUCCAACAAAAUGGACAAUCUCUACUUCUUUCAGAUGUGGCACGAUCUUCACAAAAGACCAAUGAAUACUCUAUGAUAUGACGAUAUCUAUGUAUCAUAUUUCCAUGCAGCAGACAAAAAAACGUAUACAAAUUCACUCGCUCAAAAAGAAAGAAG